UAUUACUAUGGCAACCUGUUGGUGUAAACAAAUCGCAACAAGAUAUUGUCGAUGGCAGGUGUAAUUUUACUGCGAGUGGAAAUAUUUUUAUACUAGGUGAAAUUUGUUGUAAUGAAGUAGAAUCCAAUCGAAACAUGUUUAUUUAUUUGAGUAAAAAGAUCGCCAUCCCGAACAAUACUCGACUAAACUGCAUAGCAUGGAACAAGGAGCACGGCUACGUAGCCGUUGGAGGAGAAGAUGGUUUGCUGAAAGUCCUAAAGCUGGAACAAGCAACGACAACGGUGGCGCAAUCUGGAAAAGCCAUGCUGCCCAGCAAUCUAUCCAUGAAUCAAACAUUGGAGGGCCACAAAUCAUCGAUUCAUGUUGUGACUUGGAAUGAGUCUCAGCAGAAACUGACUUCUUCCGACAAAGAUGGUGUCAUUAUGGUUUGGAUGAUGUAUAAGGGUUCCUGGUACGAGGAGAUGACUAACGACCGAAAGAAGUCAACUGUGAAAGGAAUGGCGUGGACCAGUGACGGGCAAAAAAUUUGUAUUGUUUAUGAGGAUGGCACUGUUAUUGUUGGUUCUGUUGACGGUAACCGGAUUUGGGGCAAGGAACUGAAGAAUGUAUCGCUGACUGGUGUUCAAUGGAGUCCCGAUGGUCGCCUAUUAUUGUUCAGUGUCAAAACCGGAGAGCUACACCUCUAUGAUAACCAAGGGAUUUUUGUAAUGAAGUUGAAUAUUCAAUGUGUUUAUUUGACUGCUUCGAAAAGCAUUACUGUGGUAGGGCUCUGUUGGUACAAUGAAACUGUUUUUCCAAACCGGCCAGUGCUUGCAAUCUGUUACGAGAAUGGAAAAAUGCAGAUUAUGCGGAAUGAGAAUGAUGAUGCUCCCGUAAUAGUUGAUACUACUCUACAGGCCAUUUCCUGUAUGUGGAAUCAGGACGGUACUAUAAUAGCAGUUUGUGGUAUGAAAACAAACUUUAAUGACAAGGAAUCGAAUCAAGUUCAGUUUUACACACCUUUUGGAGAGCAUAUCAGAACCCUGAAAAUUCCAGGAAAAGAGAUCACUUCCCUUUCUUGGGAAGGUAAAUCACUUCGAAUAGCUUUAUCCGUGGAUUCGUUCAUAUACUUUGCCAACAUUCGCCCCGAUUAUACCUGCUGCUAUUUUAACAAAACGGUUUGCUAUGUCGAAGCUACUAAGAAUGAAGAAACAUCAUUAAUUACUUUUUGGGAUACCAGUUCUAAUCAGUGUUAUACGAAGCAUGUGGAUCCGGUCAUCGUGAUGACUGCCACUGUCGAUCAUUGCGUUCUUGCCGUCGAAACAAAGAUCAGUGCUAAGGAAUUCAGUUUGAUGAAUGACAACAAGAGUAAAGAUUUUAUGUAUCAAUUAUUGGUUUGUAAUUCGAUUAGCACUACAGUGGAUUCCAAAUAUGUUGACAUACGGCCCAAUUUCAUCGCAAUGAACUCAACCCAUGUGAUUGUGGCUUCCAAGGAUCAGUUUUUGUUGUGGCACUACCAUACUCCGAAGGGAGCUUCCACUCUGCAUGGUAGCGUGAAAGCGAAAAAGGACAGAAAAUAUCACAUCGACGACACUCCUGCGUUGGACGUCCUAAAUGAUUUGGACUCGAGCAAUGCGUACGAUAUUCCAUUGAAAUGUGAUCUCAGCCAGGAUCCAAUUUGUUGUAUGACGGCAUCCGAGAAUCUGUUGCUUAUUAGCAGGGAAUCGGGUUUGAUUCACGAGUACACUCUGCCGCAUUUGGUUUUACGAAACCGGCAUUAUUUGCAUACUCGAGGUUACAGAAUGUCCAUAAACUGUAACUCAACUCGUGCAGCACUGAUUGAUUGCAAUGGAGUUCUAACAACGUUGGCUUUACGAGAGGACGACGGACAACCUACAGAAGGAAGAAUUGAACGUAAGGAUGUUUGGGCCAUCUGUUGGGCACGUGAUAAUCCACAGUUGUUAGCGAUAAUGGAGAAAACCCGUAUGUAUAUUCUCCGCGGAGCAGAUCCGGAGGAACCCAUUUCAUGUUCCGGGUACAUAUGUAACUUUGAAGAUCUGGAAAUUACAGGCGUGUUGCUAGAUGAAAUUAUCAAGGGAGGGGCUACUCCGAACGUGAAAGAACAUGUUCUUCAGUUAAGGGUUAAGUCAUUAAGAGACACAGAAGAUCUACUCUCGCAUGUAGGUAUCACAGAGGCAAAACAGUUCAUUGAGGACAACUCACAUCCCCGUUUGUGGCGAUUGUUGGCAGAGGCUUCAUUAAAAAAGUUGGAUUUGGAAACAGCGGAGUCUGCUUUUGUACGUUGCAGUAAUUACCCUGGGAUUCAACUGAUCAAACGAUUGAAGAACAUGCAGGUCGAAGCACUGCAGAAGGCUGAGAUUUCUGCAUUUUUCGGGGAAUUUAAUGAAGCUGAAAAACUGUACAUCGACAUCGAUCGUAGAGAUUUAGCGAUCAGUUUGAGACAAACUCUCUGUGAUUGGUUUCGUACAGUUCAGCUGUAUAAGAUGGGUCCGGGAAUAUCGGACCAGCAGAUGGAAUUUGCGUGGCGAGAGAUUGGACAUCAUUUCAUGAACAUGCGUGCAUGGGAAAGUGCGAAAGACUAUUACGAAAAAGCAUAUUACGUUGAAGGUCUUAUGGAUACAUUGUACCACCUGGAACAGUACGAUGAGUUGGUGGGAUGUACACAUAAGCUUCCAGAGAAAAGUCCACACCUUGCCAAGCUAGGCCAAAUGUUAGCCACAGUAGGAAUGUGCGAACAAUCUGUUGCUGCCUAUCUGAAAUUGGGAGACAUUAAGUCAGCUGUGUCUACUUGUAUAAGUCUUCGUCAAUGGGGUUUGGCAGUCGAACUUGCCCAAAAGUACAAGAUGCCACAGAUUAGUGCUUUGCUUAGUAAACACGCUGCUCAAUUGCUGCAAGAAGGAAAGCUUCCAGAGGCUAUAGAACUACAGAAGAAGGCUGGUAGAUUCCUGGAUGCUGCAAGAUUAUUGAUGAAAAUGGCAGAAAAUGAAGUGACGAAAAAGUCCGACUUUGUGAGAAUUAAACAGUUGUAUGUACUGUCCGGAUUGCUCGCUGAAGAGCAUAUCGAGAAGCAAAUUUCCCUGACAGGGGGAAACAGAGCUAUGGUACUAUCUCAAAUGAACCCUGAAGAUGCGAUGCUCACUGAAAAUAUCUGGCACAAUGCGGAAGCGUAUCACUUUAUGCUGUUAGCUCAACGGCAGCUUCGAUCUGGUGUUUUGCAUAGUGCAGUAAUCACGGCGUUGCGCCUACGAGAGUACGAAGAUGUUCUGGAAGUUGAAGCUCUGUAUUCAUUACUUGCACUGUCUAGUUGUGCAGAUAGAUCUUUCGGUACAUGCUCCAAAGCGUUCAUUAAAUUAGAAGGUCUUGAAUCUAUUCCGGAGAUACGCCGUCAGCAGUACGAGGAACUAGCCAUUAGCAUCUUUUCCCGUUACGAUCCUCGGGAUGGUAAAUCGAAACACGUUACUUGCUUUACCUGUGAGACUCCUGUAACAGAUUGCAGCACGUUCUGUUCGAACUGUGGCAGUCAUUUCCCGUCCUGUACAGCUUCAGGUCAACCAUUGACAAAUCCGACCGGAGCUUGGCAAUGUUCAACAUGUUAUCAUGUGGCGAAUCCACUUGAAAUAACAUUACGAAAGACAUGCCCUCUUUGUCACACAGUGAUUGUUAAGAAAGGAAGUGUGGAAGUUUAA